CUGGCCCUUUGGAGCCGGACUCCCCGUGCACGUUCGGCAGUUCCUGUCGGCGGAGAAGACGCCGUCGUGUUCCACCAUCGACCUGCGGCAGGACCGGCCCGCCUCGAAGUUGGUGGUGACGAAGGAGAAGGAGAAGAAGGUCGGGCUCUACACCAUCUACGUCAACCCCGCCAACACCUCCCACUUCGCCGUCGGCGGCAGAGACCAGUUCGUCAGGAUUUACGACCAGCGGAAAAUCGACGAGAACGAGAACAACGGGGUCCUGAAAAAGUUCUGCCCCCACCACCUGGUGAACAGCGAGUCCAAAGCCAACAUCACGUGCCUCGUGUACAGCCACGACGGCUCCGUGAAAGGGGUGAAUUUCUACGGCCCCAAGAGCGAGUUCGUGGUGAGCGGCAGCGACUGCGGCCACAUCUUCCUGUGGGAAAAGUCCUCCUGCCAGAUCGUGCAGUUCAUGGAAGGGGACAAGGGGGGCGUGGAAUGCUCCAGCAGCCCAGAAUUCCAGGGAAUUCCAGCCUAG